GGAGGAGGGAAGCCGGCCAGCGGGCCGGACCGCGCCGCGGAGACCGAGCAGGCUGAGGAGAUGGAGGGCGACGGGGUGCCGUGGGGCGGCGAGCCGGUGUCGGGCCCCGGCGGCGGCGGCGGCGGCGGGAUGACCCGCGAGCUGUGCCGGGGUCUCGGGCGCUACCGCCGCUACCUGGGACGGCUGCGGCAGAACCUGCGCGACACGCAGAGCUUCUUCCGCGACCUCGAGUGCUCCCGCGGCCACGGCUGUUCCUCCGCCCCCGCGAGCGCCGGCGGGCCCGAGCGCGGCCCUGCCAGCGAUGUCGCCGAGCCCGGACUGCAGGCGGGCCAGCUGAGCUGCAUUUCCUUCCCACCUAAGGAAGAGAAGUACCUCCAGCAGAUUGUGGACUGCCUCCCCUGCAUCUUGAUCCUCGGCCAGGAUUGUAAUGUCAAAUGCCAGCUGUUGAACCUGCUGUUGGGCGUGCAGGUGCUUCCCACCACCAAGCUGGGCAGUGAGGAGAGCUGUAAGCUUCGGCGCCUCCGCUUCACCUAUGGGACUCAGACUCGGGUCAACCUGGUGCUUCCUGGCCAGUAUGAACUAGUGCACACGCUGGUUGCUCACCAGGGCAACUGGGAAACCAUCCCUGAGGAGGACCUGGAGGUCCAAGAGGACAGUGAGGAUGCUGCCCAUGUUUUAGCCGAACUGGAGGUGACGAUGCACCAUGCACUCUUACAGGAAGUGGACAUUGUGGUAGCACCGUGCCAAGGCCUCCGGCCUACAGUGGAUGUUCUGGGUGACUUGGAGAAUGAUUUCUUGCCUGUGAUAACCUAUGCACUCCACGAAGAUGAACUCUCUGAGAGGGAUGAGCAAGAGCUUCAGGAAAUCCGAAAGUAUUUCUCUUUUCCCAUAUUCUUUUUCAAAAUGCCAAAGCUGGGCUCAGAAAUAAUUGACUCCUCCAACAGAAGAAUGGAGAAUGAAAGAUCACCACUUCAUCGCCAGCUAACUGACCUGGGCUAUCUGAACAGCAGUCACUGUAACUGUGGGGCCCCUGGCCAGGACACUAGAGCACAGAGCAUGUUGGUGGAACAAAGUGAGAAGCUGAGACACUUGAGCAUGUUUUCUCACCAGGUGCUCCAGACUCGCCUGGUGGACGCAGCCAAGGCCUUGAACUUGGUGCAUUGCCGCUGCCUCGACAUCUUUAUUAACCAGGCCUUCGACAUGCAGCGGGACCUGCAGAUUACUCCCAAACGUCUGGAAUAUACGCGAAAAAAGGAGAACGAGUUGUAUGAAUCAUUGAUGAAUAUUGCCAACCGAAAGCAGGAGGAAAUGAAGGACAUGAUUGUUGAGACGCUUAACACCAUGAAGGAGGAACUUCUGGAUGAUGCUGCCAACAUGGAGUUUAAAGACGUCAUUGUCCCUGAGAAUGGAGAACCAGUGGGCACCAGAGAGAUCAAGUGCUGCAUCCGACAGAUCCAGGAGCUCAUCAUCUCCCGGCUCAAUCAGGCCGUGGCUAACAAGCUGAUCAGCUCCGUGGAUUACCUACGUGAGAGCUUCGUCGGAACCCUGGAACGGUGUCUGCAGAGCCUGGAGAAGUCUCAGGAUGUCUCAGUUCACAUCACCAGUAAUUAUCUCAAACAGAUCUUAAAUGCUGCCUAUCAUGUUGAAGUCACAUUUCACUCAGGGUCCUCAGUCACAAGGAUGCUGUGGGAGCAAAUCAAACAGAUCAUCCAGCGCAUCACAUGGGUGAGCCCACCUGUCAUCACACUAGAGUGGAAGAGGAAGGUGGCACAGGAGGCCAUUGAGAGCCUCAGUGCCUCCAAGUUGGCCAAGAGCAUCUGCAGCCAGUUCCGGACUCGGCUCAAUAGUUCCCAUGAGGCUUUUGCAGCCUCCUUGCGACAGCUGGAAGCUGGCCACUCAGGCCGGUUGGAGAAAACUGAAGAUCUGUGGCUGAAGGUUCGGAAAGAUCACGCCCCUCGCCUGGCCCGCCUUUCUCUGGAAAGCCGUUCUUUACAGGACGUCUUGCUGCAUCGUAAACCGAAACUGGGACAGGAGCUGGGCCGGGGCCAGUAUGGUGUGGUCUACCUUUGUGACAACUGGGGGGGACACUUCCCUUGUGCCCUCAAGUCGGUUGUCCCCCCGGAUGAGAAGCACUGGAAUGACCUGGCUUUGGAGUUUCACUACAUGAGGUCUCUGCCAAAGCAUGAGCGACUGGUGGAUCUCCAUGGUUCAGUCAUCGACUACAACUACGGUGGUGGCUCCAGCAUUGCUGUGCUGCUCAUUAUGGAGCGGCUACAUCGCGACCUCUACACUGGGCUGAAGGCUGGGCUGACCCUGGAGACACGUUUGCAGAUAGCGCUAGAUGUGGUGGAAGGAAUCCGCUUCCUGCACAGCCAGGGACUUGUUCACCGUGAUAUCAAACUGAAAAAUGUGCUGUUGGACAAGCAGAACCGUGCCAAGAUCACUGACUUAGGAUUCUGCAAGCCAGAGGCCAUGAUGUCGGGCAGCAUUGUGGGAACACCAAUCCAUAUGGCCCCUGAACUUUUCACAGGGAAGUAUGAUAAUUCCGUGGAUGUCUACGCUUUUGGCAUUCUCUUCUGGUAUAUCUGCUCAGGCUCUGUCAAGCUCCCCGAGGCAUUUGAGAGAUGUGCCAGCAAAGACCAUCUCUGGAACAAUGUGCGGAGAGGGGCCCGCCCAGAACGCCUUCCUGUGUUUGAUGAGGAGUGCUGGCAGUUGAUGGAAGCCUGUUGGGAUGGUGACCCUUCUCAGAGACCUCUCUUGGGCAUUGUCCAGCCCAUGCUCCAGGGCAUCAUGGACCGGCUAUGCAAGUCAAAUUCUGAGCGGCCAAACAGUGGACUAGAUGAUUCUACUUGAAAGCAAACACUUUUCUCUUUCACUCUCUCUUUCUUUACUUCCCUUCACCUUUGGCCAUGGGAAGAAUUUGACAUUUAUUCAUUACAGAGAGCACGCAAGGGAAUUGAUGCUUGCUGGGCAACUUGAGACUUUCCCAGGCAGAGAUGACUCCUGGGUAGUGAAGAGUUGGAUGGCUGUUUGAGCGUAUUCAGCAGUUCACUGAUGCCCCAAGCUAUCCCUUUGGCAAAAGAUUGUCUUGGACAUGUGUAAAAGCUGAACAAUGCAACAUUCUGGCCUCAGAACUGAAAAGGAGGCAAAUGUUACUGUUGUCUGUUCACUAUAUGUUACUAAGACAAGUGGGACACUGCAGUGGCAAUAGUAUUAAAAACUGUAAUUUUCAUAAUUUUGGCUCUAGCUAGGAAUAGUUUGAUUGUAUCCAGUCGUCAGGACCCUUAGAAAAUUUGACCUUAGUUCUGGGAUUGUGAGAACAUGGGAACAAAAAACUAACUUGUGGAUGCCUGGUUCCUGCUGUCUGCAUCAGAGAUCUCAGGGUGCAACAGCCAGAGGCCCCAGCAAGGGAGCUAGAAAUGAAGUUAUCUGUUCCUUAUGGUGCCUGUGCAUUUACAUUUAUAGGACCACAAUCCCUGAUUUCUGGGGGAGGGUUUCAUGGUUACAUCACCAAGAGGCCAAAGAAGAGAAAGAAAAAAUCUGUGUGUGGAGUGUAAGUAUAUAUAUACACAUACACACUAUUGGAUUUCGAGUUACUGAUAACCCCAGAACAGAAUCUCUUUUUCUACCCUUGGGUCUUGAUUUUUUUUUUUUUUUUUUUUCCUCUUUUGGUCUCAAGAUGGGGAAGCUCCAGUUAACAUGGUACUUAAGGCUGAGUGUCUGAGAAAAACUGACCCAAUGUGAAAUAUUUGGUGAGACCUGAGAAGUGGGCAAUGAUCUGGAGGCCAUGGGCCUCCAUAUAAAUGUACUAGAAGGAUACCAGCUUGUUUUUAAAACUUAAAAAAAUCAGAAACUUCUUUUUGUGUUUGAAUCUAACACACUGACGUUUUUAAACUUGAUCAUUGAGCUUUUUAACCAAGGUUUCUUCUGCAACUUGUCCCUUCUUUUUACCUUAUUUUAAAUAUAAUCUGUUAGAAGAAAAGAACAGAACUGGAUGAAAGAGAAGAACGUUCUUUGCAGUUUUGUGUGUGUGCUCCUCACCCCUGUGUAUGAGUGUCUGAGGAGGUUCUUCUCUUGCCGUUGGGAGGUGGUGUGGUGGUCUUUUGGAGAAUUUGUCAUGAGUGUACAUGAAAGAAAUUGUGAUUCCAGUUAAAGGAAGGAGAACACUGGUGCAUCUCAGAUGUUGGCUUUAGGCCUUCCUCAACGAAAGCAGUCCAUUAGAUUUAGAGAAACAGGUAGGUGAAGGGAUAGACAGUGGAGGUGAGGAGCCUCCAUCCAUCUGCCUAGUCCUCAAGCCUGUGGUUUGUCCCCUGUGCCUAGCCCCAAACUGUGUGAGGCUGCUCCCUGAGUAAGUGUAUAAGAUAAUGGGCAGAUUUGCUGCUGGAAUUUUCUAGGGUGGUUUGUGACAGAAUGACUAUCUCUUGAAUAUGAACAGGGUAUAAAUGGGGUCUCUAAGAAAAUUUUAUAUAACUCGUAAAGUUCUGUUUCAACUCUGACUAUCCUGGGCUCUGAUUUGGAAACAUUUGAGUGCAGGAGCUCCCUGAGCACAUGUAGCCCUUCCGAGACUCCAUAUAGUGCUAAAAACCUUUUUAUUUGCAGAUGAUAAAGUGACUGGCCCUGUGUCUUUGGGUUCUUCAGCCUUGUUUUGGUGGAAUGUUCAGUAUCUCUCAGAAUUUUUAACACCGAUUUAGCUUUACUUCCAAGUCACUCUGUUCUUGUCAGCAUUAACUCAUCGCCCUCCUGGGGACCAUGAUGGGGCUUUCAGGAAGCCAGGUUCCAAGUUAACAAAAGAGAGAUAAGUAGUCUCUACUUGCUGAAAAAUCAGUAUAAGUAUGUUCUGUGUGAAAUUUCAAGAAAGGUCUUAUAUAGUUCCCUUUUCCAGACUGUCUUCUUUUAGCUCUAGCUAUAUAAUCAGGAGUCUGUGCUCCCAUGUGGAGACCACAUUCCUAACAUUCUUUGGAUGUCUUAGUUCGUACCCCUAUUCACACAUGGGAGGUUAGGUUUCUGUCCACUCAGAGUCCCUUUUCAGUUUGUCCCCUGUGGCUUAGUCUGCUCUCAGACACAAUUUUCUAGCAGAUUCCCCACAUUUUUUGCCUGAGUGGGGAGGGAGGGGCUAAUGCUAAGUAAGGAGAUGAGUAGUUGUGUUACAGUUCGUUAAAAAAAAGUAUUCUUAGGAAAGGUGCAAAAUAUUCCUGAAAAUCUCUAGGCCAGCCAAAGUGCACAUACAGAUGUUUGGAGAUGUUAUUUAAACACUCAGCAGGCUGAGUGCAUGAGUACAUAUGUAUAACGUGUAUACUUUGCUGUUGUUUUGUAACAUUGUUAGCUAAUUUCAGAUUCUUUGUUCCUUGGCACCCAUUGUUAUUGAAGUGAUGGAAUGCCAUGAAAUGUACUGUACUGUAUAUUACUUGGGAAGACACUAGGUUUUCAAAGAAGUGCGAUGGCACUUAGGCUGUAGAGGGCUCAGCAAGGCCCAAGUCGUGAAGAUUGUACCUCCUACUUUGGUUGUGUGUGCUCCCAAGUGGUGAGGUGAGACUGGCUGGGGGAGGAAAGAUGGGUGAAAGAGUUACCCUCACUGUGUUCUGUUCUGCUAAUCAGCUUAAUUAGGGCAAUUUUCCCCAGCCCGAAAAUGAUCACCUGGCCAUUUUUAUCACACUUGAAGUCUGGUGACUUACGCUGCUUCAGAACUGAGUGAGGGACCUUUCUGCAGAGCAAUCAUAAGAAAUGGUGGAGCUUGGGGCCCCAGAGUGGCUGGCCCUGUGCCUAGGGAGCAGGCGGCAGGCUCAGCCUGGCGUGGGUUGAGGAAUGCUCAUUUGAUGAGUUUGCACAGGCGUGCCCUGGUUCCCUUGAUUCUCUGCAGAGAGUGGCUCAUUGAUUGAUCAAGCUUUCACUUCUCUGGGAAGGAGGACCGUGCUGGUUCUUCCCAGACCAAAGAGAGUCACUUGUGACUCCAUCCAUUUUAAGGGGACAGAGCCUAGUCAUCAGCUUCUCCUACUUUCUAACACUAAAAUUGAAGGAAACAGUGAAGGAGAGGAUGCAUCACUACCACCACGGAUAGAAACAGGGGGAUGGUAGAACACUCCAAUGCAUUUUUUUGCAUCCUUGCUGGAGCUGCCAAAGAGGGGCUGGGAAAGUUUUUUCCUGGCGGGAGAAGUGGUUUGGGGUGGCAGGGCUGCCAAGUGAUCACUGCACUGAACGACACUUUAUUUUUUGGCUUAUUAUUUAGCAUUGAGAAGCCAGGGGGACUAGUGAUUGCAGUAGGGCUUUGGGGAACACAGACUCCCCGGCCUUGCUUUGGAGAGAAGGCAUGCUUGGUAUCCAUCUGGCUAAUCAGGGAAGCUCGAAGUCCACACUGCAUCAGAGCAGGAUACACGGCCCUUGAAGAGUCCAUUGCCAAAAGAGCAGUCUUGCUUUCUUUGAGUUUUCAAAGCUUGAGUUUUUGGAUUUGCUGGAUUAAAUAACCCACAUUUUCUUUAAAAGGAAAAAAAAAAGAGUUUAUUCUUAUAAAUAUGGGGGUGGCGUGGGUUAGGGCCAGUGUGAUGGUAAAGUGGGUGAGGAGGGAGUAACCUUGGGAAACUUGUAUUGCAGGCUCCCAUGGGGGUUCCAAGUAGCACUACUGUUCUUAAAAGGGUUCUGUUUUUAACUUCACCUGCUUUGUUAACAUCUAGUCCAGUUGAGAUGGUCACAGAGAUUGUGUGGGAACACCUGGCAUUGGGGAGGCCACCUUACUCAGAGGAUUGAAAGGAAAAUGGGUCUGGACAGCUUGUUGUCUUUUGUCUUAAUGUAAUGUUUUUGUUUGUUUUAAAGGACUAAUGUUUAUUACAGUAUUAAAUAAAAGUGUAACAUACUAGCUGUGUAGAAUAAAAGUGCAAUAACGAGAAAAUGACUUUGGCACCAAUUUCAGUCCUCACACUCUCUCCCUUCUUGUGCUGCCUUCUCUUUCCAUCAUAUUGUUACAGCAGGACUGCGCUAAUUUUGUGUAUUUUUAAGAGCCGCAGGUGUGGGUUGUCUUCCUUUAGUGUAAUUUUGAAUGGCUGGGUUUGGUUUUAUAGAGUAUUCUGUAUGCUUGCUGGGGUGCACAGCUCCCAGAUGUGCUACAUAAUAAAGGUCACAUUAACGUGUUAGGUUGA